ACAGCGUGCAGGCGAAACCCUGCUGAUGUUACUUCCGGGUGCAGAGGUAUUUCAGCUACCGUCGCGACUUCAGAUGUUUACAAGAGUAUUAGCAUGACAGCUUUUAAUCUAAGAACGAACUAACUUUGUCAGAAUAAAACGUACACCCACCGGUGCGAACAUGGAGAACACUAUGCAGUGUUACAACAUUACCUCCCCACAGAAAUGUGAAUGAUUACCUUAGUAGACAGUAUCUUAGAGGCAGAGCUCACCUGGAUAUACACCUAGCUCGUAGCAUUCCUCCAACAUGUCAGGUGGGAACUUUUUAAGCAGGGUGCGGUCCGCCUUCAGAAAGGAGCCGACCGACUGGGACCUGAGCGACACGGCUCCCUUUGACUUCUCCGAUGAGCUGGUGGAGGAUGAAGCCCCCAAAUUUAACAAGCUGAAAGUCGUGGUCUCUGGAGAGAUGUCAGACUACUCAGCCGGAGCGCCUUCAAACGGAGUGGCAGUGAACACAUUGGUGGUGGCGGAUGAUGAUGAUGACUCCCUGCUCGAGUCCUCCUCCAGCCUGGGGAGUCCGGGGUUAAACAUGGACCCCUGUGACAGCUGCAACAAGAAGAGGGAGAGCAUCAAACACAAGCGGGUGAUGAAGAGGCUGGCCAUGGCAGCUUUGCUGUAUUUCCUUUUUAUGACAGGGGAAAUUAUAGGUGGUUAUUUAUCAAACAGUUUAGCCAUUAUGUCGGAUGCAGUGCACAUGCUAACAGAUGUGGUGGGCAUUUUAUUCUCUCUGCUGGCCCUCUGGCUCUCCACAAAGCCGCCCACCAAGAGGUACACCUUCGGGCUGCAUCGCCUCGAGGUAGUAUCUGCUGUCCUCAGCGUGGUGCUCAUCUACAUUUUGACAGCCAUUCUGCUGUAUGAGGCCGUUCAGAGGACGGUCCACCAAGACUUCGACAUAGAUGGAGACGUCAUGCUCAUCACUGCGGCUGUUGGGGUGGCUGUUAACCUCAUAAUGGGUUUCUUGCUAAAUCAGGGGGGUCACCUCCACUCUCACGGCCACGGCCACUCUCACGGCCACGGUCACUCUCACGGCCAUUCAGCUCCCUCCGGUUCAGCAGGGUCGGGUCAGCAGCAGAGGCAGCAGGGCAGCCUGGCUGUAAGAGCAGCAUUCAUCCACGCUUUGGGAGAUCUCGUCCAAAGUAUCGGGGUGCUCAUAGCUGCCUACAUUGUCCGCUUCAAGCCCGAGUUUAAGUUGGCAGACCCCAUCUGUACCUACAUCUUCUCUGUCCUGGUUCUCUGCACCACUUUCCGCAUCAUACGAGACACAACAGUCAUUGUGCUGGAGGGUGUUCCCAGACAUUUAGACACUCAGCGAAUCAGAGACGAUCUUCUGAAGCUGGAGGACGUCCAAUCAGUGGAUGAGCUGAAUAUUUGGGCACUGACGGCCGACAAGACUGCAGCUUUAGCUCAUCUCCAGCUCACACCCUCUAGUGCCACAAACUGGGAGGAGGUCCAGGCAAAGGCCCGCCACCUGCUGCUUCACACCUAUGGCCUCACCAGGUGCACAGUUCAGGUCCAGACUCACAGACAGAGGCUGGUACGCAGUUGUGCACACUGCCAGCAGCCCAGCGCUUGAGGACAGACUCAUGCUUACACUGACCUUCACAGACGUCAGAGAGCACAGCACUCCGAGAGGCUAGACAUCACACUGCUGUCACGGCUCAGUGCCAUAGAAGGAGACUCAGUAUUUGUUUAUACGUGGAAAAAGACGGGUGCCAAAGGAUGGACACGGCAGAUGAAUUUUUCUCAUUAGAGGGUCACUGCGGCCUUCAGGGGCCUUAUGCAAAGCAAUGUGAGUGGAGUUUAAACGGUUAAAGUCUCAUCUUUAAUGAAGAAUAGAAAAACUUGCUCUUAAUUCACCAUGAAAGCCUAUCGCAACAGGUAACUCAUUUUUUACGUUUGAUUUUCACAGCUGGUGCUUCAUCAGAUGUUAAUUUCACUUUUUGUUACUAGCUGGAAGACUGUAAACUAAGAUUGUGUUGUUUUACUAAGAAUGUCGGCAAAUGAAAAGGUACCUCAUGUAAUUUGAUAACUGUGGUCACAGUGAAUAUAAGCUGUACUCCUCACCACUUGCUCACACGAGUAGUCACUUCAGUAGAAAUUCAUCUCAUCAAAUGCACUAAAUCAUUAAUAUUCCUCGGCUAAAGUCUGAUGUAAGGCAGAUUUUUAGAUUUUGAUGAAUAAUUCUUCAUUGGCUGUACUGACCGACACUUAAACUACUCACAUUUUUCACUCUUACAUUUUACUCUAGCAUGUCUUUCUCUAGCAAACAGGCAACAGACAAUCAAAGUGUGACUUACUUUGAACAAGACUGACUUCAGUUUGGUUUCAAGCCUUACACUCUAUACUCAGCUUUUUUCCAUAUCAGUUACUGACAGUGUAAUUAUGCAGAUAGGUUUAAGAAAGCAUCAGUAUUUCAGAGUUGCAGUGUUUAAGAGAGAGCUGUGAGUUGAAAUCUGCCAACAAAGUUGCUAAAAGGGUUUCUCUGUCAAGUGUUGAGAGGCUGCGGGGGGUUCAGGACAAACCUUUCUACACCUCUGAUAUUAAUCAUGAAGAGAAAAUCAGGAACUGGAUCACUGUUUUUGUUUAUAAUAAAGUAUUUAAUCUUC